GGUUCCUGUGACGCGCAGAAAUUUUAAACUAUCGUCCUUCUCAGUGAUGGCGGCUUCGUUUGGUUCUCUCCCUGCAAGCUGUAAUAACAAAUGGUACUACACCCGACAACAGAUCGACAACAGCCCAUCUCGGCGAGCUGGACUUGAUCCCGACAAGGAACUGUCCUACAGACAACAGGCGGCGAACCUGCUGCAGGACAUGGGACAGCGGCUCAAUGUGUCCCAACUCACCAUAAACACAGCCAUCGUGUACAUGCAUCGAUUCUACAUGGUCCAGUCGUUCACCAGAUUUCACAGAAAUGUCAUUUCUCCUGCCGCACUUUUCCUGGCUGCAAAGGUGGAGGAGCAGCCCCGAAAGCUGGAACAUGUUAUCAAGGUGGCCCAUGCAUGCCUCAAUCCUCAGGACCCGCCACCAGAUGUACGCAGUGAUGCCUACCUGCAACAAGCCCAAGACCUGGUCAUUCUUGAGAGCAUAAUACUUCAGACCUUGGCUUUUGAAAUCACCAUUGACCAUCCUCAUACUCAUGUUGUCAAGUGCACUCAGCUUGUCAGAGUUGUUCCAGCGAGUAAGGAUCUGGCUCAAACAUCAUACUUCAUGGCGACUAACAGUCUGCACUUGACCACGUUCUGCCUGCAGUACAGUCCGCCGGUUGUGGCCUGCGUGUGCAUCCACCUCGCCUGCAAAUGGUCCAACUGGGAGAUCCCUGUGUCGACAGAUGGCAAACACUGGUGGGAGUAUGUUGAUCCCACAGUUACCCUCGAGCUCCUGGAUGAACUCACACACGAGUUCCUGCAGAUUUUGGAGAAAACACCCAGCCGGUUGAAACGGAUUCGCAACUGGAAGGCCGGAGGUCAGACACCAAAAGCCAAGCCCAAAGUUCAGGAGGACGGGGACCAGAGGGACACCAUGAUGAGCAUGAUCUCAAUGGCCUCAUCAGAGAGCACCGUGGCGGGCUUGAUGAGCCUCUCGGCUCCACCUUCCGCCUCCUCCUCCACCAGUGACAAAGACCGGAGUGAACCUGGUAGUGCUCCCACUUGGAGUGGAAAAGGUCAAGCCGGAUCUGAUCCACAGUCCAACAACGAGGUUCACGCUCCAGCUAAGGUGUCGCUGAGUGAGUACCGAGCCAAGAACGCGGAUGUCCUUGCUGCCCAGAAGAGAAAGCUGGAGAACAUGGAGGCCAGCGUGAAGAGGGACUAUGCCAAUGCUGCCCAGGCUCUCAUUGGUCAGCAGCAGCCGAGGAAGGAGAAGCAGCAUCACCAGCAGUCAAGCUCAUCCUCGUCGGACAUGUCCAACCCGUCGCCCAUAAUUCUGAAAAUCCCCCUGGAGAAGGAGAGGCACGAGAGGACCUCUCUCAAAAUGCGCUUCCCCCUCGCUGGGGGAGGGGGCGGCGGGCAAAGCGGCAGCGCCCGAGGUCAGGAACAGGACAUCAAAGUUAGAAUACGAGUGCCUGAGAAGCAACGGGGGAGCUCAGGAGAGGAGGGCAAGAGCAGGGAGAAGCACAGGGAACGAUCGAACCACCACCACCAUCACCACCACCACCACCAUUCCUCCACGGGCGCUUCACUCUCCUCUUCACACAAACAUUCUUCUGGGUCUAGUGGGACUGUUGGAGCCAGCAAAAAAGUCCCCAGCGACUCGUCUAGGACAAGCUCCUCGUCCUCCUCGGCGUCCCGUAAGAGGACGCACUCCCAAGACCCUGCAGCAGGCCCCCACGCUGGCUCCAAAGUCAGCAAGUCCUCCAGGAAUCCCUACCAGCUAGCUUCCCUGUCUUCCUCCGCCGGGCAAACUCUGGGGCACGGCUCUGACAUUCUCCCCGCCCUGGGCCUCCCCCACCACCAAGGGAGCUAUCCGCACUCCAAAGGCGACAAGACGGACACCAACGGGCACGGUGCAGCCGGGGGGGCCCAGUCGAACGAGUACCAGGACACUUUUGAAAUGCUGAACUCGCUCCUGAGCGCGCAGGGGGUCCAGCCGUCCCAGCCGUCCAUGUUUAACUACAGAUCCCAAUUUGGGGAAUACCGGUACAGCGGUGGCUCCAGGGGGAGCAACCACAGGCCCCCGCCCCUCCCUUCAGAACCGCCUCCCCCAAUGCCGCCGUUGCCCAAAUAAGUUCCUGAUCAGGAGAUGUGAACAUUGUACUUGACAUUACCGACAUCCAUCUUGUUUCAUAAAGUAUUGUAUUUUUAUUUUUUUAACUUCACCCGACAUGUUUUAUAGGUUUCAGUGAGACAGCAGUGAAAUGUACCGGUGUGAUAAAUGAGUAUUCAACUUUAUUGUUUUUACACUGUUGGGGCAAUAAUGAGUGGCAUUGAAAGCUUGCAAAAUGUGAGACAAUGAGUACAGGAAAGUGUAGUUAAUGUUUUUUUUGCUCAUCUGUCGAACUGAGAUGAAAUGUGAUAAUGGGACCUGGUAUUUUUAGCAUCACUGUUUUGGCGGAAUUCAUUGUCUUGAAAUCAUGAAAUCACCUGUUGGGUCUUCUUUCCGAUUGUCUUUUUGUAAUGUUUUUAUAGUAUGUUAUUUAUUAAUUGAAUGCUUUUAAAAAAACAUAGCCCUCUUUUAUACCUUUUUUUUUAAGGUUCCCUCUUUUUGCUCUUUAGGGAGAAUGGUGAUUUCUUCAUCACGACUGUACAGGCUAGUUUGAGAGUGCAUGUCUCCAAAGCCAUCGUCUUUCAUAUAUUUUUUUGGGGGUCUUUUUUUUUUUUUUUUCCCCAAACAGCCAUAACCUAAAAGAAAUGUGAAAACCCUUUUGGUGUUCAUCUAUUUUAUUUCUUUCAUUAUUUGGUAAGCUUGUACAAAGUUGUUUAAAACAAACAUGAAAUAUAUUUUACAUUUUGUUAUGAAAAAUUGCAAAAAAAAUGUAAAUUAAGGAAUCUUGUACUUUUUUUUGUUUUUAGAUUUUGCGUGUUGCAGUCAUUGUUUUAAAUGGUUGUAAAAUACCCACGUUCAGUUCUCCAAUUAUUACACUAAUGGACACUAAUAGUUCAUACCAAUGAUAGCCGUCUAUGGUUUUAUCAAGAGUUCAAACAUAUCUACAAACUAUGGUCACAAUGAUGGAAUGCCAACAAAAAAUUGCUCCAGAGAAGUAAUGUGAGUUUUUAUUUCUUAUAAAUUCUCUAAUUGAAUUACCUUUUUGAGGAACACUCUUUGGUCACAGCUUAAUGAAGAGAUGGAAAUAAUCUGCAUUAAUCAUUAGACACCGUUCUAAAUGGUUUUAACAGCAGCACCUGCAAACUGCCAGAAAGAAAAUAUUUUUCAUGCUUGUGCUCACCUAAUCUAAAGAACUGAAUUCAUGAUGAAUUUGCGUUAAAUUAUACUGGAAGAGUGGCUACUUGUUGGCGAGAGUAUCGGGUAUCAUCUGUACAUUUAAUUCAUACUAAGCUUUAUGUGGUUUUGAUUGUAUAGUAUUACUGCUCUUAACCCGCUUUCUUUUAUCAGUUUGUAAUCAACUAAAGAAAAAGUCAGCUUUAUUACAUAAGUUAUAGACAUACAGGUACAUACAUAAAAAAUUACCUCUGUAUUUAACUGUAAAUCUCCCAGGCAGCAUUUUGAGCUUUAGUGUCUUGCACAAUGUCCCUUCAACAUGCAGACACUAGGGGCUGGGGAUCGAACCCCCUACUUUUUGGUUUAGGGAUUUCCCACCCUCAAAACGUUAUUUUUAGACAGUUCACAGCAAUGCAGUACAACAAAUCAUCAGCCAUACAAUUGUAAUAUAUGUGUUCCCAUGAUUAUGUGGAAGAUAUGCUGAAAAGAGUACUGCUCUUUGCUCAGGCAGCAGAGGUUAAGUGGUUAUUCAAGUCUUGGUUGUAACAGGGAAACCGUAAAUGCACUGGAUAUUUAUCUCAGUAGGUUUGCCUACAAUGCAAAUGACAAAGUGUUACAUGUAUAAUGGUUAGGCUAUUGGAAUAGAUGUCCAAUAAAUUCUCAUUUUUAAAUAA